AUGGAGCAGCAGCAGCACGACCACCAGGAUCCCUACCAUUUCCAAAAGCAGAGUCACAAGCGCCGUCCACGGAAGCCGUUGAUCGAGCUGCAAACGGGCCAGGUUGCAUUCCGAGUAGUCUGCCAUGAUUCGAUAAUCGGUGGCCUUAUCGGCCACUCCGGCUCCAUAAUAUCCCAAAUUCGGCUUGAAACCGGUUGCCUUGUUCACUGCGAGGAGGCGGUGCAGGGGUCGAAGCACUGGGUGAUUGUGGUGGUGGGGUCUGCGUCCCCGGUGAGGAAAAUUGCGGUCGGUGAAGGUGAGGAGGAAGUGUCGGGAGCGCAGGAGGCGGUGGUUAGGGUUUUGGAGAGGAUGUGGGAGGUGGAUGCAAAGAAAUGUGGCGGUGGUGGCGCUGAGCGCGAGGGGUAUUGUGGACUUUUGGCCAAUACGACGCAGAUUGGUGCCGUUGUGGGUAGAGAAGGCAGGAACAUCAAGAGAAUAAAGCGAGGGAGUGGGGCUCAUAUAUGGAUUCUUCCGGCGCCGCCUUGCGCUUGCGAGGAAGAGCAAUUAAUUCAGAUUACAGGCAGCAGUGUGGCUGUAAAGAAAGCAGUGAUUGAUGUAAGUAGCCGCCUUCAAGAUUGUCCUCCGUAUGAAAAAGAUGAAGAAGAAAUGGGUUUCACCGUUGGACCUGUCUGGAGAAGUAGUGAUUGUUCCUCAUCGGAUCCACACGCAGAAUUCUUUCCUCAUCUUUAUUCCUUGCUACCCACUUUUCCUGAAAAUGUAUCAUCUCCAACUGAUGGAGACCACGAGAAACCUCCUAACCAACAAUUACAAGUUUCAUUCAGGAUGCUCUGCUCCCAUGGCGCAGCUGGGAGCAUAAUAGGCAAGGGAGGUUCCAUAGUCAGAGCCCUAGAAAAUGAAACUGGUGCUUCUAUCGUCAUUGCUCCUUACAUCACCAAUUCUUAUUACCAACGUGUAGUUACCGUUUCUGCACUGGAAAGCCUUGAAUCAUGCCACUCUCCUGCACAGAAUGCACUUGUUCUUGUCUUUGCUAAAUCCAUUGAGCAUCACAUUGAAAAAUGUAGUUCCUCAGCUUUGGUUCAGGGAACUCUUGUGACUGCAACCCUCCUACUGCCAUCGAAUGUGGUCUGUUGUUUGAGUAGAGAAGGAGACGAGGUAGAUUCAGAAAUCAUAGAAAACACUGGUGCUGAUAUACAUAUAUUGCAAGGGGAACAAUUCUUCAAUUGCGCUUCAGAGAAUGAUGUACUAGUGCAGUAUGCUUAUGAACAGUUUUAUGCCCCUCUCCCUUCAAGAGCAAUUAAAACUUCAUCACAUAUUACAGGCGAGUACCAAAAUGUACAGAAUGCUCUGGUUCAAGUUACCAGUAAACUGAGGGAUAAUCUUUUGCCAAUUGAAAUGCUCAAUGAAUUGAGGUCUGGAAGCCUCGAUAGAAGACCGAGGGAGAUCACUUUUCCUAGAUUGCAUGAAUCAGCUGGCGAAUCUCUCGAUUCCAAUCGGGAAACAAGUUUGGAAAAAAGAGUGGAUCAAGUAUGUAAUCCUCCUUCCUCUUUGCUGCAGUUGCCACAGGUAGGAGGGAGGAGUACUGGUGGGGGAGUGGUGGAGACUACCUUUCGUAAAUCUCGUGAUUAUGUUCCAAAAGCAAAUUUAACACCAGGAAAUGAGUCAAGGUUUCGAUUUCACAUGCUUUACAAUGGUGUUCUUCGCUUGUGUUCUGGUGCUGCAAUGGAUAUCCGGUUGUUACGUGAUCCAUUAAAAGCUCUGUUUGGUGGAAAGAUGGCUGGGGCCGGGAAUGGGGCUGUGGCUGGGGAGAUUCUUCCUUACUGGUACCACGCAUGUAUAGAGUUCUCACUAUUUUUAUGGAAGUUAAAGCGUUCCAUGUGGCCAACUGUUCCCACUUUCACAUUGGAGCAAACAGAUGAGAGCUUUGAAUAUGCAGGAGAACAAGUCGAAAAUAGUACUGGGUUUUCUUAUACGUAUGGAUGUGAUAGCAAAGCCGAGAACGAAAAGGGCCACAUGCAUAAGCUAAGCUUAGCCAAUGGCUAUGAAGAGGAAGCCACCGACAACAUUUUGAAAGACAAGGGAAGGUGGGAGGUGGGCUUAGCAUCAACGGGAUAG